UUUUUUUUCAUCAUUUCAACCAAUACGAAUUAAGUGAAGUAGGUCAUGGGUAGAUUUCCCUUGAAUGUACCCCACCUGUUAUUCAUAUUCAGAAGUGACUGGUAGAAUCUCGUGUGUAUUACUUUUGUAACCCGGUACAAUGGAUGUAAUGCUCAGAGAACACAUAUAAUGUUCAGUUCCAAUACCAAUAUACGUGGUCGUAAGCCUGACCUGUCGAGCCGAUGACGGAUAUUUUAUAAGAUGGCGUAAUUAAUUAAGACAAUGGACAGAUCUACAACGAAUCGCCAACCUCAUCAUCGAUAUUUAACUCAGUCGCGAACGAAAUGAAAUUUCGUGGGUUUCAUUAGUCCACUAAUGGUUGAAAAUGGUGAUUUUGAUCAACGCGGAAGUAGACCGAAUAUUAUCUUUACCUGGACUGGAGAUCUCUGGUAACUUUCAAGUGGCAUGGAAUGUAGUGCGACUGAACUCAUCACCUCAGCCAAUUUUAUAGCUGGCUGCUAUAUUUUUCUAUGCCUUUUUACAUUAGGAACAUGUUCUAACAAAUGUCCGGAGGAUGAGGAAGUAUCCGAUCGUCUAAAGUAUCUCACAUCGUAUAAAUUCCCGGACAUGUACUCACGAGAUCUUGACUGUGAAUGGAGGCUAACGUCUAAGUAUCCUGACAAAAAAAUCAAGAUCAAGAUGAAGGAUAUAAAAAUAGAAUAUGGAAAUCAGUGUGAGUUCGAUUAUCUUGAAAUAUUUGAUGGCUACGACGACAGGAGUCCAUCGUUUGGAAGGUUCUGCGGGGCGGAUACCUUCUCGAUUGUCUCAAGCGGCAUUUACUUAUACUUCCAUUUCCAUACGGAUGAAGAAAUAAAUGAAAGAGGAUUCAAAUUCACAUACUGCACUGUAGACUUCAGAACAAUAAGCAGCACAUAUCCCCCUCCUAUAGACCGGAAUACAAAAACCACAACUAAGAACACUAGCCCGGAAGGUGAACCGCUGGGUGGUGCUAAACUCUCAACUUUAGUGGGUGGUGUGUUAGGUGGACUGUGUCUACUAGUAGUCAUAAUAGCUGUCUGCUGCAUGUGCUCCACGAGGUGUUGUCGACGAUGCAGCGUUAGAAACAAUGGACGGGAACGGACGUCGGUAUCACCUCAGCAUAGUGAUGUAGAUAUUCGCCCACGUGAUCGAUCGCGUCGUCGACCGUCUCCUUCUCAUGUGUCACCUUUCAUUCCACGACGUGCACAUAGCCAAAGUCAAAUCUGGAGUCUAGAGCAGAACAUCCCAAUGGUUCCUAUAAACCCACCGCCUUACUCCGAGACGGAAAGUCAACCAGUUUAUCUAGUUCAUGGACCUCCCGGAUGUAAUCCAUAUUUUCCUCCUUGCUCUCCACCUCCUACAUACUCAUUUGGGCUAAGUUCGGAUUCCAAUCCUCCAGCUUAUGAGGAUGACAGAAAUUCACCUCCGAACUAUGUACCGUACGAGGAAAACCCACCGCGGUACUGAAAACAGUAACAGUUGUUUACAUAUGUAUUUGUCUAACUGAUCUCACAGAGCCGUUCCGUUUUCCUCAUCUGCUCAAGAGAAUUGUAUAAAAUGAAUAACCUGAAUGAUUUCCGGAUAUGGCUUCAGCAUAUAGAGCCAAUAAGCUGUGAAUUUUGUGAUAAGAGUUGUUAUCAAAAGAUAAGACAUUAAUUAAGUAUCUUUGUUAUUAUUUAAACGGAUAUAUUUAUCAUGAUCAUAUGUUCAAAAAUGCUAAAAUAUUUUUCCUGUGAUAAGAUUAACAGAAAUUGUUGUUUAAAUUUAAGUUUUUUAAAUAUAGUUUAUUCUCAAAUUGCCUUUUGUAUGGGUGAUAUGCGUGCUGGACUCUUUCAUCCUUAUGUGCUGCUAAAAGGUAUUGAGUUUGUUACUAUAUAAAACAACUAUUUUCACCUUUGAAUUUUACUGUUUGAUAACAAACGUCUAUACUUGGAUUGAACAGUGAUACAACCACAGACAGUCACUCUUUCAUGUCAUGUUUCAGGAAUUAGCGGAGUGUUAAGUUCGCUAAGCACCGUGUCAGUCAGUCAGUGGCCAUAACUAAUUAUAAAAAUCUGCAGCGAAUUUAACUCAAUCACCCCUGAAAUUUCAUAAUGAACUAUUCUAACCUUUAAAUUGGAAUAGUUCACAUGUGUCUUCAGGGGUGAAUGAGUUAAAAGCUUUGUACAUUUCGCGCUUUGUUUGACGCCACCAGAGGGGUAAACUUCUCAAACAAGAGAUGGGAGUUGUACAAUCAAUAUUGUAUCUUUAAAAAGGAUUGAAAAAAGAUAAUCUAAGAAUACUAAAGUUAGGUGUUAUGUUAAUCUAAAAUUACAUAAUAGUCCAGGUACUGUUAUUAUUAAAAUAAUCAUGAAUCAAUGUUGGUAUUUUCCUACUAAUAUGAGAAUCCCUCAGUUAAUUAAGUCAAUUGCAUAACAGAUUAUACAACAGAUCGUAUGCUUAUGAACAAAUUAUAUUGAAUAUUGUUAUUUCCGAGUAAUCUGAGAUUAUCUUGGUUUAAAUGUUUUGUUUUUAAUUUUGAAAUUUCAUAAUAGCUUAUACAACAAAUUGUAUGUGUAUGAAUAAACAUACGUACAGUGUUAUUAUUCAAAUGAUUUUGAAUCAAUAUUGGUAAUUUCCGAUGGAAAAUUAUAUUCAUGUUUUAUAUAAACAUGACUCAAUAGUUCUGUGUUAUUAGAAAAUAAUUUUCA